AUGGCUGAGUUGUCGGUAAACAUCAGCAAUGACUCUGUCAUCAGCCUCACUCCCAGUUGCAACAAUUUAUAUAACCACCGCAAUGAAGCGCGGAUUCUCAUGCCUCUGCAUUAUGUUAUAGUCUUUGUUGUGGGGUUGCUGGGCAACGUGUUAGCUCUUUAUGUAAUCUGGCCAAAUUUGAAGAAGCUCAACUCCACUACUCUGUACUCUGCCCAUCUAGUGGUGUCGGAUAUCUUGUUCACGUUGUCAUUGCCAUUGCGUGUGAUGUACUACGCGCUUGGCUUCCACUGGCCACUGGGGGAUGGACUAUGUAAAUUCACAGCACUUUUAUUCUAUAUCAACACCUAUGCCGGCGUUAACUUCAUGACCUGCUUGAGUGUGGAUCGUUUCAUCGCUGUCGUGCUGCCGCUACGUUGCGCCCGGUUCCGAAAGGUGAAGAACGUCCGCUACAUCUGUGCAGCUGUGUGGGUGCUUGUACUUAUGCAAACAUUGCCUUUGCUCUCCAUGCCCCUGACAAACGUGGAAGACGAUGGCUAUGUAACUUGCAUGGAGUAUCCAAACUUUGAAAACGUCGAGAACCUGCCUGUCAUGCUAAUCGGCGCUGUGAUCUUAGGUUACGGUAUCCCGCUUGUCAUCAUUCUUGGGUGUUACUCAGUGUUAUGCUUUAAACUGCGUAUGACAGCCAAGGCUAACCCCCUAUCUGAGAAGUCAGGUUGUAACCGGAAGGCCAUUGGAGUGAUCUGCUGUGUAAUUCUAGUAUUUGUAAUGUGCUACAGCCCCUAUCACAUUGAUUUAUUACAGUACAUGAUCCGGAAAUUGAUCGGUCAUCCAGACUGUGAUGAGUUGCAUGCCUUCCAGAUCUCUCUACACGUCACCGUCUGCCUAAUGAAUUUCAACUCCUGUUUGGACCCCUUCAUCUACUUCUUUGCCUGCAAGGGCUACAAAAAGAAAGUGCUGAAGUUGCUGAAGAGGCAGGUGAGUGUGUCCUUCUCCAGUGUGGCCAGGACUUCCCAUGAAGCUUCAUCCAGAGACAUGAUUGGCGGUGAGAGGAUCAACAUGAGCAGCAGGUUGAGAAGCAGUGUAAUGAUGGACUAA